CUCACAUUGAUUGGCAAAGGAGACAAAGGAAGUCUCCUCACCUCUCCCCACUCCAUUAUUUCAGCCAGCACCAUCAAGAGAGGGAGAAGAACCUCCAAACAUACCUCCAUAGACAAGAAAAACGAGCUCAAGCAAGGGCAUGGUCCAAGGAAGAAGAAAAGUGAGGAAAAACCUUGAUAUAUUAAGGAACUUGUCAAAGGUAUUCCUAGAUCUUCCACGAAGUUGGAAGAUUCACCGGAGUUAUCGCCGGAGUUCAACCGAGAAGAGUAUAACGUGUUAAAGCUCAUUCGAGGGUCUCAAGAACACCUAUAUGAAGAGACCUGAGGGAGAUUGUUUAAUCCAUCGCAAAUCCGCUUGUAUCCUUAGAGAAUCCAACGACAUCAUGGCUUCAUCAUCUUCGCCAUCAAAGUUUGGUUUCUCCUCAAUCGCAUCUACUGUUACCCCAUACAAUAUGGGAUAGAACCUCUAAAUGGUACAAACUUUUCAACAUGGAGAGAAUCUGUAAAACUAUCACUUGGCAUGAUGGACCUCCACCAAGCGCUAAGAAUUGAUCCACCAGAUGUUCCUAACGUCGAACGCACUGUUGAGCAGAAGCGUUCUUAUGAACAGUGGGAGAGGUCCGACCGAAUGUGCCUAAUGGUGAUUAAGAAUUCCAUAUCAGUAGCUAUUCGCGGAGUGAUUCCCGACUCUGAAAAUGCGAAAACCUACCUAGAAUAUGUGGAAGAACAGUUUAAGGGAACCUCUAAAGCACAUGCUAGUACCCUGAUUCUCAAAAUGUUGACUAAUAAGUACGAUGGAGUGAGUGGUAUUCGUGAGCACAUCAUGAUAAUGUCUGAUAUGUCUAACAAGCUCAAAAGCAUGGACAUGGAGAUCAGUGAAGGUUUUCUCGUUCAUUUCAUAAUGACUUCUCUACCUGCGUCUUAUGGUCCGUUCAAGUUCAGUUACAACACGCAGAAAGAGAAGUGGACAAUGAGUGAGCUGAUUGCUAUGAGCGUUCAAGAAGAAGAGUGCCUAAAAUUUGAAAAACCAAACGUUGCUCAUUUCACGACCACAAACUCAAAGAAGAGGAAAGGCAACCGUCAAGGAGGAAAAGGUAACAUUUCUUAGGUCCCAAAGAUAGGUGCAAAUGUGAGCUCUGGUCCCUACUGUAAGUUUUGUCGCUUCAAUGGACAUUACCAGAGAGAAUGCCCUAAGUUUAAGGCAUGGCUGACUAAGAAAGGGAUUCCAUUCAAUCCGGACAUUGGGAAGAAAGCAAAGAGUGAUUAAGGUGGGCAAUGGAGAAGAAUUAGAAGUGGAGGCCAUUGGAACUAUCUCAUUAAUUUUAGAGUGGCUUCAUUCUUCAUCUUCGUGAUGCUCUUUAUGCACCUAAUAUUACUCGUAAUUUAGUGUCUGUAUCGAAACUAAGUGUUGAUGGCUUUAGAUUUAAUUUCGAAUACAAUAAAGUGACAAUAAGCUUGAACAUAAA